AUGGUCUCCUAUGAUGUCUUCACGCAAUGGGCUGCAUGUGCAAAAGUGAAGGAGGUAGCGGACAAGUUUGAGAAGUACGUGCUGGAUUCCGCUUGGUGGAAGGCAGCGGAUUUCUUUAGGAAGCUGAUGGAGCUACCAUACGUCACCAUGCGUCGGACAGACUCGGCGACGAAGGGAAUGAUGGCACACAUGUAUAACCUGAUGCUACAGCUUACGGAGGACAUGCGUGCAAUGUUGGAUGGUGAUCAGCAGCAACUGAGCGAGGAGGAUAAGGAGCACGUUGGGGAGUUUCUGAAAAGGAGGGCUCGCCGGAUCCGGCUAGGGUAUGAGAAAUGCCAUGACUUGGUGUUCGUGGCCCACAACUGGCUGGUGGUGCAUAAUGCGCACAAGCAUCCUGCUGAGGAGGAAGGGGCCGGGAUCAUUGAUGGCAACAUCUCGGACCCCUCGGUCCCGGGGGGGUACAUUCUGCAGGAGGAGGGGGGUGCGGAGGUGGGAUAA